GAACCGAUAGACAAUCACAGAGGGAAUCAACAAAACUACCCCCAAAUUUCCUGAACCCUAAUUUCUAAUUUUCUCUCUAUGCUUUGACUUGAUUGCCUCAUUGGCGAAUUACAAACACUUGCAUGAACUUAGUCUGUGCUUAGAGUGAAGAGAUCGAUUAUGACUACUGAGAAUUCUAGUUCCGGUGCGGGUUCAGCGUCGAGAUCGAGUUCGGCGGCGGAUUCUUACAUUGGGAGCUUGAUAAGCUUGACAUCAAAGAGCGAGAUCAGAUACGAGGGUGUGCUCUACAAUAUCAACACCGAAGAGUCCAGUAUUGGAUUGAGAAACGUGAGAUCAUUUGGAACCGAGGGAAGGAAAAAGGAUGGUCCACAGGUCCCUCCAAGUGACAGAGUCUAUGAGUACAUAUUGUUCCGAGGAAGUGAUAUCAAGGAUUUACAGGUGAAAUCUUCUCCAUCUGUUCAACCUACACCGCCUAUAAACAAUGAUCCGGCUAUAAUUCAGUCUCACUAUCCUCGCCCAACAUCUACAAGCAUGCCUUCUGCUGUUAGUGGGUCUUUGACCGAUCUUAGCGCACAUAAUCAGCAAGUUGGACUAGCCGGUACAAAUUUCCAAGGUGGGCUGCCUUUGUAUCAACCUGGAGGGAAUUUAGGUACCUGGGGAGCCUCACCUUCUCCUGCAAGUGCAACUGCUGGUGGGCUUGCUAUGCCAAUGUAUUGGCAAGGGUAUUAUGGUCCUCCAAAUGGGCUUCCACAUUUGCACCAACAGUCUAUGCUACGACCUCCACCUGGACUGUCAAUGCCUUCAUCAGUGCAACAGCCAAUGCAAUAUCCGAAUUUUAAUGCUUCUUUAUCCUCUGGAGCGCAAAACUUGCCAGUCUUAAAUGUCCCUUCUUCAAACUUGCAGGAAGUUUCUUCUCCUUUUAUAUCAACCAGCACAAGUUCCCUUAAUUUGCUACCCACUUCCUUACCUCCAUCAGCUUUGCCAUCAACUUUACCUGCUGUUCCAUCUGCUACAUUAACAUCUGAAGCAUUGCCUAGUUUGCUGCCUAAUAAGGCUCCUAAUUCUGCCCUUCCUGCAGCAACGCCAAGUGGAAGCUUACCAUCACAAACAAUUUUGACAACUCCGGGUCCAGAAUUAAAUGCCAUCAUGCCUCCCAUCUCUAACAAGGCUAAUUCAGUUACUACUUCAACUUUGCCGUAUCAAGGCUCAUCCCCACCUAUGUCUUCUAUUGUUGGGAUGCCUAAUUCUAUUCGCGCAGAAACACCAACACCUGUGCUGAUAACCCCAGGUCAGCUUUUGCAAUCUGGGUCUACUUCAUCACCUGGUUUGUCUCAAUCUGUGCUAGCAGAUCAUAAAGAUGUGGAAGUGGUUCAAGUGUCCUCAUCAUCACCAUCAGAAACACCAGUACCCAUUGUGACAGAACCUCAGCCUCCUAUACUGCCUCUGCCACCACCACAGCAGGCUAGUCAAAAGCCAAAUGGGGUUCCUUUCCAAAGUCGUCAUGGCUACAUAGCUCGUGAAGAAAGAGGAAGAGGAACUGGGAGCUCACGUCAGGUCACAAAAUUUACUGAGGAUUUUGAUUUCACUGCAAUGAAUGAAAAAUUCAAGAAGGAUGAGGUGUGGGGUCAUCUUGGUAAGAGCAAAGGAGAAGAUGGAAUAAUUAGUGAUGAAAAUGACCCGCAGGACGAAGCAGAUAGUGAAAUACCCAACACUGUGGUCAAGCCUGUUUAUAAUAAGGAUGACUUCUUUGAUUCUCUAUCAAGCAAUGCACUUGAUCGCGACACCCAAAAUGGAAGAAUCAAAUUCUCUGAGCAAAGGAAGAUAGACACGGAGACUUUUGGUGACUUUCCAAGGUAUCGUGGUGGUCGAGGUGGCCGUGGUCCUCCGCGUGGUGGUCGUACUCGAGGAUCAUAUUAUGGAAGAGGCUAUGGCUAUGUUGGAAGGGGUCGAGGUAGGGCCAUGCCCAGUCGCGGUUUUUAGGUAGUGCUGGUAUCUUGAAAUGUAUCUUACGCGCAGCUGCCCACCCCUGUGCCGCAGAUUUAGGCUAUAAGCUGUAGCUUUUGAGCUUUUUAUUGGUGACUGUCCAGAAAAUAAGGUUCUUAAAUGCUUGUUUUUCGACUUUCUUUUGCCUUCCAGAUCUUCAGGAGACCUUUGUGGAGUUAAUGGAGAAGCAUUUGAUUUCAAUUGACUGUGAAAUUGUUAUUGUUGUGUUC